AUGGCUUCAUUUUCACCAACAUCCGGCGAAUAUUUCGAGAAGCUGAGGCGUGCAUCGCGUCGCUUCACAACCCUUGAAGGAUGGCACGAGAUUGGAGAGGGUUUCUACGGCUUAGGGCAAAGAAGUCGCAUCUUGAGCUUCGCAAACCAGUUCGACCCCGAGCUGUACGAUGAGGAACGGACCUCUGACGUUGCCCUUAGUGUAUCAGAGGCACGUAACAGUCGCGCACAUAGUAACGCACUCGGAGAUAAUCAGAUUCCUACCAGAGCUAGAGAAUCCAUCAUAUCAGAGAAACCCUAUCAUAUUUUUACCCGAAGGCAGAGGUGGUCGGUCGUGAUUAUGAUCGGUGUAGCAGGACUCUUCUCUGGCCUGAGUUCCAAUAUUUACUUUCCAGCAGUAGAAGAUAUUGCCAAAGCUAACGCGGAGAAGGAUCUUGGAGUUAGCAUCCAGGAGGUUAAUCUGACGAUCACAUCAUACCUCGUCAUCCAAGGCAUAUCACCGCUUUUCUGGGGUGCGCUGUCUGAUAUCCUCGGCCGAAGACCGAUCUAUAUCUGUUCGUUUUUAGUGUACAUCACUGCGAACACGGCCCUUAGCUUUUCUCCAAACUUCACUGUCCUCUUACUAUUCAGAGGUCUUCAAGCAGCCGGAUCCGCUUCGACAGUCAGCAUCGGGAACGGAGUUAUCCAGGACAUUACUGCACCUUCAGAGCGAGGCGGCUUUAUCAGCUUCUACCAAGCUAUCCGGAACUUCAGUAUAGCGGCAGGACCUGUUCUCGGCGGUGUGCUCGCGAACUUCCUCGGCUUCAGGUCCAUCUUCGUAUUCUUGCUCAUUCUCUCAGGAAUCACAAUCAUUUCCAUCAUCGCCUUUCUCCCAGAGACGUUGCGCAGCAUAGCAGGAAAUGGUUCGAUUCGCCUUACGGGCAUCCAUCAACCGCUUAUACGCAGACUCCGAAAGGAACCUGGAUAUCUCCAGGAUCGCGAUCAUUCAUAUCGGCGGACUCAGAUCACACUUAAAACCUUCCUUGAACCGCUUUCGUUGCUCAGACAGAAAGAGAUCUUGUUGAAUUUACUCUUCGGGGGGGUCGUUUAUGCAGUUUGGAGUAUGGUGACGAGCUCUACAACUACGCUCUUCAAACAGGCUUUCGGGCUGAAUGAAGUGAUGCUAGGGCUAGCGUUUAUUCCCAACGUUCCUACGCGCAAGUCGAAGGGGCAUAUCGUAUAG